CAUUUUUAUGAAGCAGAAGACAGGUUAAUUUGAAUCGAGAAGUUAUCGGUCGUUCGUAUUUAUGUUUUACGAUGGAGGAUUUUGUUCCAACGCGAGUGUCAAGAUUGAAAGAAGAUGCUGGAAAGGAGUUCGUGUCGGUUAAGUACGAACGGCGACAGAAAAAGAAGGCAGAUGUCGAUGAAAGUAAGAAAGGUAACGAAGCACGAAGCUCAAAAUUUGUUAUGAAAGCAGAUGAAGGAAAUGAAAAUAUGGAUGAGAAGAAAAGACAGGAAUUAGAAAUGAAACGCAUUAGAUACGAGGUUAUGAAAUUCGGUAUGUCUGGUUUGAAAAGUGUAGAGGCAGACCAGGCACAACUUGCGCUCGCUUUGAGUUUAGGGGCAAAACCCCCCAAGAGAGAAUACAUUAAUUACAAAGUGUUGAAAGAUGAAAAAAUGAAAAGCAAAGAAGCAGAGAAGAAUAAGGUAGUACUGAAAUCAGGACUGGAAAGGAGUUUAACGAAACAUAAAACUAAGAAACCUCGUAAGAAAGCUUCCGACGGUAUAUUAGAGGUUUAUGGUAAAGUAAGUAAAAAAUCAUCAUCAGGUAAAAAUAGAAAAUGA